CAACCGCCAAAAUGUCUCCUGGAAUGACCCUUUUCGCCGUUCAGGCAAUCCUCAUCCUCGGCACUGAGGAUGGCUCCCGGAUAUUCGCCAAAUACUUUUCCCCGCCUCACGCCGCUCCCACUGGCGGCGCAAGCAUACCGAGCCACCCGUAUACCGACCUGAAGGCGCAGAAGGCAUUCGAGAAGGGCCUCAUUGACAAGACAGCCAAGCAGACGGGCGACAUCAUCCUCUACGACAACCGGAUCGUCCUGUACAAGAUGGAAUCCGACGUCAUGCUCUACGUUGUUGGUGCUGCCGACGAGAACGAGAUUUUGCUCUAUAAUACCGUGCUGGCUCUUCGUGAUUCUCUGCACCUUCUGUUUAAGCAAUCCGUUGACAAGAGGACCAUUGUCGAAAACUACGACCUCGUCUCGCUGGCCAUUGAUGAGAUUGUCGACGACGGUAUCAUCCUGGAGACGGACCCUACCAUCAUUGUCCAGCGGGUCAGCCGUGCGCCCACCCAGGACGUUCCCUUGGGCCGUAUCGACUUCAGCGAACAGGGCGUUAACAACCUGGCACAACUCGGCAAGUCGAAGCUGACGGAUUGGCUUCGCCAGGGGCUGUAAAUACAAGACCUGGGAAUUGGUUGGAGUUAAUGUCGUUCACAGCGGUCUGUUGCACUAAAAGAUUACUUUUAUAGUUGAUUAUUCCUUGGUUUUCUUUAUUCCUUGAAACGCGAGAUCGGUUUAUAUACAGGGCAGGGGUAUAACGAAUCUAUGCAUCUUCCUCUUUUUUGCUCUAU